AUGGAAGGCAACAGUAUUGAUGAUUCUGAAAAAGCUAACGCAGUGCACACACCUACUGCUAUGUCUAAACUUCAAUCAUCUUCAGGCAGGGUCUUAAGGGAUUUGACUAACUUACCUAUGAAAAAGGAUUUGGGCGGGUCUCUGAAACGCUCUACAUCUAUCCCUCCUCCACAAGAUGUUCCCUGCAAAAAGAAAACAAAUACAUCUAAUGUUCCAGCUACAAAGAGAAUCAAUAAUCGCAACAAAGUGUUUACAACCAACACAAAAGCUGGAAUCGAAGUGGUGUCUACUUCUGGAUAUAACUCUAAUAAAAGAAAGAGAAAUCUGAAUGCUUAUUCUGGAACUGUGAAAGUUAACACAAGGAUGGACAUAUCUAGAACCACUAUACCAUUGGCCUCAAUAUUUGGAAGGAUCUUAGGAGAUCUUCAAAACUUUUCUGGGAGUAAGGUUCAAAAUGUAUAUCAGUCAGCAGCUGGUCAUAUGUCGGAUCGAACAUAUAUGCACUGCGAAAAUCAGCUAAAUACAACAAAAUAUCCACCUUCAAAGAGGAACAAAUUUUACCGAGAUUUGAGAGUGAAUGAUCAAAUAGCACAGAGAAAAACAGUGUUACAAUCUGGUACUAAGCAGCGCAACAGUGUGUUAAGAAAAGAUGAUGCCAGGUCUACUCCUAAACUAAUGCAGACGGUUGUAACUGGAAAUAAUUACUCCAAAGUAACAUAUCCAUCACAUGUUGGGUAUAACAUUGAUGAUAACAGCUUCCCUGAAGAGUAUGUUGACGAGGGUAAUCCUACUUUCAAAUGUGACUAUUGUAAUGCCAAAAUGUGGUAUGGUGAGCGCCUUGAAAGGAAGAAAAGAACAAAGAAGAAGCCAGUUUUCUCUCUUUGUUGUGGCCAGGGACAAGUUAAGUUGCCUCUUUUAAAAGAAAGCCCCUUGCUUAUACAGAGACUAUUGUUCGGUGAUGAUGACAUGAGCAAGUAUUACCAAGAAAAUAUAAGAGCAAUUAAUAUGCUCUUUGCUUUUACUUCUCUUGGUGGAAAAGUUGAUCGCUCGAUGCCAAAACGACAUGGACCUCAACCGUUUCAACUACAUGGGGAAAACAUGCACUUGAUGGGUAGUAUGAAACCAGAUGAAGGUGAUUCUGCAAAGUUUUCACAAUUGUACAUUGUUGACAAUGAAAGAGAGGUUGAUGAUAGAGAUUCUGUUAUGAGUAAGUACAAGAAAGCUGCAGACAAGGCAAAAAAGCAUAAUUUGAGGAAGAAAAUUAUCGAGCUUAUUAUAAAUAUGCUGGACGAUGUUAAUCCCUAUGUGAAGCAAUUUCGGUCUGCAAGGGAACGUUUUGGAAGUUCAGGAGCUGCAAAGUUCCAUAUGAGGAUUGUGAGCAAUCGUGAAAAAGAUGGAAGGACAUAUGAUACUCCAACUGCGUCAGAGGUAGCUGGUUUGAUCCCUGGUGACUUUAAUUUAGAGAUGGACAAGCGUGAUAUUGUUUUGCAAGAGAAACAAACUGGUUGGCUUAAGAGAAUAAGUGAGAUACAUCCGUCUUAUCUCGCACUUCAGUAUCCGCUCAUUUUUACUUAUGGCGAAGAUGGUUUCAGACUGGGAAUAAAAAAGAGAGCCACACCAGCUACAGAGAAGCUAAAGAGGGAUCACAUUAGUAUGAGACAGUGGUUUUGCUAUCGACUGUUUGAAAGAGAUGGAGAGUGUCAAACGCUGCUGCAUUCAAAAAGAUUGUUCCAGCAAUUUUUGGUUGAUGCAUUCACUACCAUUGAGACUAACAGAUUGAGUUAUUUGAGGCAAAAUCAAGUAUGUUUGAGGUCUGACGGCUAUGACUCAAUCAAGCAGGCUGAGAACCAAGGCAGAACAGAUAUGAGUCAACAAGGAAACCGAUUUAUUCUGCCAGCUUCCUUUACCGGAGGUCCAAGAUCUUUUCAUCACAUUUACAUGCAAUCCAAAAUGGCCGGAGAUUACUAG